UCCUUCGCGGAGAAUAGACGUGAAGUGACUCUCUCCUCCUGACUUAUUAUCCUCUCUUUCUCUCUCUUUCUCUCUUAGAAAGAGAAAUCAGAAGAGGAAGAAAGAAGAGAAAAAAAAGAAUAAAGAUAGGAAUAACUGAAAGAGAAGCGAAGCCAUGGACGCUGAGAAGAAGGAAGUAGACGCCGAGAAGUCGACGGCCUCCGGGUCCGGCGAGCAGCGGGCGUCGGGAGGCGGUCCCGGCGAGGGAGAGCAGCAGCCAGCAAGAGGAGCGCCCCAGAGGAGCCAAGAUAAAACGCUGAGAUGUAAGCAUGGAGAGCCACCAUGUCUGGCAGCAAAAGCAGCCGACACUUUCACAUCCUCGCUCUCGUCUCGGGAGAAGCAACAUCUCACGCUCAUGCUGUAUCUGAGGAGCUUGGAGCAGCGGCUGCAGUGUGUCUCCGCCAAAGCCACUGAAUUCCUCUCGAGCGCCGAGGUCAGCAGCCAACUGAGCACGCCAGGGGCAAGCUCCCAGGAGACUCCGCGGGAGGACUCGGCGGGUCCGGGAGCCAGCGAGGCCAGCAGCCCAGCAGACCCGUCCGACGAUUUGGGGAUUCUGGAGAGGCUGGUGGUGGUGGUGAGGAGACUCGGCGGCAUGGUUAAAGCCCGGAGCAGCAGCAGCAGCAGCCAGAACGCCUUCGACAAGAUCCGGAGCCAAGUGAAAGACCUGUCUCUCUUCGGCUCGUCUGAUGAGAGCGAGUCGGAGGGCGAUGAGCUGUUUGAGAUGUUCAAGCCUGUAAGGAUAAAGGCGUGGAAGGCGCUGCAAGACUUCAUCGAAGGACGUGGGACGUCGACGGCGUCCGGCCAUGAAACAACGUCGGGAUUUCUGCCCAGAGAGUCAACAAAGACAGCAGAAGCAACGGACUCUCUUAUAUCAUCGUUCUCUUCUUCGGAAGUGCAACAACUUGUACUCUUACUGCUUACGAGGGAUUUGUUCGAUCACCUGUCGGAUAUCAUUGACACAGCCACUGAAUUCCUCUCGAGCGCCGAGGUCAGCAGCCAACUGAGCACGCCAGGGGCAAGCUCCCAGGAGAGUCCGCGGGAGGACUCGGCGGGUCCGGGAGCCAGAGAGGCCAGCAGCCCAGCAGGCUCACCCAGCGAGCGGGGGAUUCUGGAGAGGCUGAUGGUGGUGGUGAGGAGACUCGGCGGCAUGGACAAAUCCCGGAGGAGCAAGAAGACCAGCGUUAUCUGCGACAAGAUCCUGAGUCACACGAAGUACCUGGAUCACGUGGUCGAGUUAAUGUCUUGUGGAAAGAGAGACAAGGCCGUGAGUGAAGCAGGGUCCAUGCAGCAAGAGAGCAAGCAGGUGGGGGCUUUUCAGAAGAAGCGGGAAGAGCUGUUGGAGAUCUUCCAGCUUUUGAAUGAGAAGGCGUGUAAGGCGCUGGAAGUCAUCACAGAAGUACGUGAGAAUUCGACGGCCUCCGGGUCCGGCGAGGAAGAGCAGCAGCCAGCAGGUGGAGCUGACCCGAAGGGCCAAGAAACAGCGUCGGGAUCUCGGCCCAGAGAGCUAACAGAAGUCCCUGCUGGUGAUCAGACAGUAGAAGCAGGAUCUUCACCACUCUUCUUUCAGGGACAUCUACAACUCAUGCUCACGAUGCUAUGUCAUGUCAUCACAAGAGUCAUUGAUUUCCUUUCGAGCGCCAAGAUCAACAGCUGCCAGAGCACGCCAGAGGCAAGCUCCCAGGAGUGUCUGCAGAACUCAGCAGGUCCGGGAGGCAGCGAGGCCAGCAGCCAAGCAGGCAUUGGGAUUCUGGAGAGGCUGCUGCAGGUGCUAAAGACGCUCAACUCCCUGGACAGAUCCCGGAGAGCCAGCCAGUCUAGCCUCAUCAAGAUCGCGUCUAAGGAGAGCGACGAGGACGUGUGCGUGAGGCAAGAGAGGCAAGCCGAAGCAGGGUCCAUGAAGCAAGAGAGCGAGCAGAUGGAGGCUUUGCUGGAAAAAGAGGAAGAUGAAAUGUUGGAGGUCUUCAAGAAUUUGGGGAAGGAGGCACAGAAGGCGCUACAAACCCUCAUCGAAAGUCUGCAAAAGCCUUGAAAGAUGUCUCUCUUCUUCGUGUUUUUCUAUUGGUUCUCUUGCUUCCCUCGGUUUUGUCUAAUCCUCCUACAAUAAUCUUUGUUGUUUUUCUCUUUUUGUUAGGACUACUUCUUACAGGAAAUAAUAUAUUUAGGAAGAUGCGCAAGGUUGUGUUAACUUUAUCGUUGUCCUUUUCAUUAUUGUGAAAGAUAUAUUUUGACGUGAUUAUAUAUGUAUAUUUUUUCGUUAUUAGUACUAAAUCAUGCAUUAAAUUCUGUUAGGAUUCUGCACUUUAGAUACAAGGAAGUUAUCGUGUAA